AUGGACGAUAAGCCAGCUAUUGUGCUCUUCAGUGGCGGCUGGCACACACCGGAGACGUACAGCAAACUGACGGAAGCACUGGCUGUCGCUGGCCUCGACGUACACUGUCCCAGAUAUCCUUCCACCCAUCAAAUACGUCCGCCAACGUCGAGCCUUGUCCAGGACUCGGAGAACAUGCGCAGCUACGUAUCCAGCCUAGUUGAUGGAGGCCGUCGAGUUGUUGCCCUGGGCCAUUCUUACGGCGGACAGGUCAUGACGAACUCUCUUCACGGGUUGGGCGUCGAUGCUCGGAAGGAGAAAGGUCUGGCGGGAGGGGUCACUGAUUUGAUAUAUCUUUGCGCAUUCGCCUUGGAGGAGGGUGGUUCCAUGUUCAGCAAGGUCAAGGAAAUGGGGCACGAAGAAUUGAUGCCUCUCGCUUUUGAUUUCGCCGACGACAUGACCGUUCUUGCGCGCGAUCCGAGAAACCAGCUGGUUGGUCAGCACUCUAACGAUGCCGAGGUGGAAGAGUACCUAAAAAGCUUGGUGCUUUGGAACGGUCAGUGCAUGUACGAUAAAAUCGAGCACUGCGCCUGGAGAGAGAUCCCCGUCACGUACAUUUACACGCUCCACGACAUGACGACGCCCCUCGAUUAUCAGAAGUCGAUGGUGGCCGUGAUGGAAGCAGCAGGCUGUGUGGUGAAGACACAUGAACUAGCCACGGGGCAUUGCCCAAACCUUACGGCUACAAAGGAUGUCGUCGAUAUCUGCGGCGAGGUCGUGAAGAGACGAAAAUUGUAG